GACAAUAACAGGAAACAUGAACAUUUUCGGAGUUUUGCUGUUUGUCAUCUACGCAUGCAGUUUUGUGGCAUCGAGAGCCACAAGCAGAUAUUCUUUUGUUUAUUCCGGAUCUCGGAGACCAAAGAGUUGUCGAGAUGUUAGUGGAUCAAGCGGAUUGUAUACUCUAUAUCCUGAUGGAUUAAGACUUGGAGUACAAGUUUAUUGCGAUAUGGCAACCGAUGGAGGAGGCUGGACCGUAUUUCAACGUCGCCAAGAUGGCUCAGUUAAUUUUUACAAAAAUUGGAGUAGCUACAAAUACGGAUUUGGAUCCAAAACAGGAGAAUUCUGGCUUGGAUUGGAGGUCAUGCGAGACAUCAUGAAGGGUAAAAUUUUUGAGCUCAGAAUUGACUUGGAAAAUUGGACAGGAAAAAAAGGUUUUGCAAAAUAUUCAAUAUUCUCCAUCGGUGACGAAUGCGUCGGUUACCGGCUUAAUGUGGGAGGAUUUAGUAGUAGCCACAGUAAGUUGGGAGACUCGAUGGCAUGGCAUAACAAUCAGAAAUUUUCUACAAGAGACAGAGACAAUGAUUCGGCUUUUACAAAAUGUGCAUUGCGUCACAAGGGCGGUUGGUGGUAUAACGAAUGUCGUCACUCAAACCUCAACGGAAUUUACUGGAACGGAGGAAAUUAUAAAUCUGUAUGGGCGGAUGGCAUUGAUUGGUUUCAUUGGAAUUAUGGUGGUCCUUUUUAUUCCCUGAAACGCACCGAAAUGAAAUUUCGUUAAUUUUAAAAGUUGUAAAAUAUGGUGUAGUUUCGCUUUCAUUACUAAAUAAAUGGCAAAGCACUGCUACAGCUUUUUAGUUCGUUGUAAAUGAAUAGUAUACCUUUCUGCUUUUUUCAUAGUAGAAUUUACAAAUCAAAUUUGGAAUUUGAAUAUUUUACUCUGUUUUUCAUUGAUUUACUCAACUUUCCAUUCAUUUGAUUGCCUUCGAUAAAGAGCAAACAUGCUUUAAUACACGCUAAUAAAACAUGAGAAGGAACAUUUUAUAAAGAGAGUUAAAGUUAUGGAUACCCUAGCGAUAUAACGCCAGGACAGCAUUUAAACCGAAGAUUGGCAUUUUGAAUAGCGUGAAUUGUCAAGAUUAGCUUUAAAAAAUAUUUAUUUUCAUGUAAUUGCAUU